GCCCCAUCAGCAGCUAUGCCCUUCUUGCAAGAAAAUCGAUCAGCUAGACACUGAGCGAUGGCCGCCUAUCCAGAGAGCUGCUUGGACGCUACCGUGCUGAACUUUGUAGCAGAUCUCUCUCUGGCCUCUCCCAGACACCCUCUUCUCUGCGAGUUCCCACCUGGGGUCCCUUUUGGGGACCGAACACUGAGGUUCAGAGAAGGAAGACCUAGGAGACUGUCGCAGUUUGAGGAAAGAUACCAAGAAGUAGAGGGGGGCGAAGUGGACUAUGAGGACCCGGAAGAGGAGGAAGAGGAGGGAGAGGGGCGCGGCAGAGUAGCAUCCUUGCUGGGCCGCCCCAAAAGGAAAAGAGUCAUCACUUAUGCCCAGCGCCAGGCCGCCAACAUUCGCGAGAGGAAGAGGAUGUUCAACCUAAACGAGGCCUUCGACCAGCUGCGCAGGAAGGUGCCCACCUUCGCUUAUGAGAAGAGGCUGUCCAGGAUCGAGACCCUCCGCUUGGCCAUCGUCUACAUUUCCUUCAUGACCGAGCUCCUGCAGAGCAAGGAGGAAAAGGAAGCCAGCUGAGCGGGGAGGGGUGAGCCGAAGAGACACUCCCCCCUCCCUAUCCUGCUUGGCGGGUGUGUCUGAAAGGCAGGGGGACCUCUGGCCUUCUGUCCAGGGAGUGCUCUGGGUUUAAGAUGGUAAAAUCUCCACUCCUGGCAGCUCUGGAGUGAAUAAAGUGGGGAUUGUACACAAUAAGGGUUAAACUGGGCAGGUUGGAAGUUCCCGCGGUCAAGGCUUUAGGGGGUUAGAGUUUCUUGCGUGGAGUGGGUGGGAAACUAGGUCCGCUCUUCCAAGGACCUUUGCUGAGCUUCUCUAAAGUCGGAUCUUUCCUCCGUUCUCCUUUCAAAUGUAGAAAU